CGGCGCGUGGAUCGUGCCCCCUCCCCCGAGCGCCGGGCUGGCCAUGCCGGGGCUCCGCCGCGACCGGCUGCUCGUCCUGCUGCUUCUCGGGGCGCUGCUGAGCGCCGAUCUCUACUUCCACCUCUGGCCCCAAGUGCGGCGGCGGCUGGCCCGGGCCGAGGCGGACACGCCGGGCUGCUCCUGCCCCGCCGCCGUCUCCUCCUCCUCCUCCGCCAGCCCCGAGCCCCGGACGCGGACGCCGGACCAGGACGAAAGCCACCAGGCCGUGGGACCGGGCUCCAAGCUGCGGCGGCUCUUCGCGCACCCGCUCUACAGCGCCCCCGAGGGGCCGACCGAGAAGCUGCUCAGCGGGCAGGAGGCGCUGCGCUACUACCGACGGAAAGUGGCUCGCUGGAACAGGAGACACAAGAUUUACAGAGAGGAGCGCAAUCUAACUUUGGACUCCGUGAUGCAGCUCAAGCAAGAGGCCAGCUGGCUCCAGUUCCACCUGGGCAUCAGUCGCCAUGCCUUGUACCCACGGUCCAGCCCUGCCAUCGACCAACUCCUCCAGGACACACAAGACUUUAACACCAUCAGUGCUGAUUACAGCCAGGACGAGAAAGCAUUGUUAGGUGCCUGUGACUGCAGCCAGAUUGUCAAGCCCAGCGGAGUGCAUUUGAAGCUUGUUCUGAGGUUCCAGGACUUUGGGAAAGCCAUGUUCAAACCUAUGAGACAGAAACGAGAUGAGGAGACACCAGAAGACUUUUUCUAUUUUGUCGACUUUCAAAGACACAAUGCAGAAAUAGCUGCCUUCCACCUGGACAGAAUCCUGGAUUUCCGGCGGGUCCCUCCUGUGGUUGGGAGAAUGAUUAACAUCACAAAGGAAAUUUGGGAGAUCACCAAGAAUGAAAUCCUGCAAAGUGUCUUUUUUAUUUCACCAGCCAGCAAUGUAUGUUUCUUUGCCAAGUGCCCUUAUAUGUGCAAGACAGAAUAUGCCGUAUGUGGGAAUCCUCACCUGUUGGAAGGAUCCCUUUCUGUUUUCCUACCUUCUCUCAACUUGGCACCAAGAAUCUCCAUCCCAAACCCAUGGAUUCGAUCCUACACCUUUGCUGGAAAAGAGGAGUGGGAAGUGAAUCCACUUUACUGCAAUACAGUGAAAGAGAUUUAUCCUUAUAGCAGCGGCAGUCGGCUACUCAAUAUCAUUGACAUGGCCGUAUUUGACUUCUUAAUAGGCAACAUGGACCGGCAUCAUUAUGAGAUGUUCACAAAGUUUGGGGACGAUGGCUUUUUGCUCCACAUGGACAAUGCAAGAGGCUUUGGGAAACAUUCCCAUGAUGAGAUCUCCAUCCUGGCUCCACUUGAACAAUGUUGCAUAAUAAAGAAGACGACAUUAUUACGGCUACAGCUCUUAGCUCAGCCAGACUACAAGCUCAGCGACAUCAUGCGGGAGUCCUUGCUUCAGGACCGCCUCAUCCCUGUGCUCACAGAAUCCCACCUCUUGGCACUGGACAGGAGGUUACAGAUCACCUUGAAGGCAGUGGAGAAAUGCAUAGAGGCCAACGGAGAAGAUGCCGUUGUGGCUGACGCUGAGCCGCUGGAGACGGCAGCCUUUGACACAAUGACCUGGUCAAGCUAGAUGCCCGGGCAGAAACUGGACCUGAACUUUAAUGGUUGAUCAUGUUCCCCUAACCUCGGACAGUUGGCAUUGGCAUGGGGGAAGAUCUCUAGAAGGACACGUCUAAGCAAGGUGGUGGUUGUGGUGGUGGUAAAAUUGGCACAAUUGGUCUGUUUUUAAUAUAUUCUUUUACUGGAACCUUGCCCCCAACCCAGUAAUCUUCGUGCCUCCUUUCCAAGAGACCUGAAGAAACAAUGUCCUCUGUAGUCGCGAAAACAUUGUCUUUUGGGUGUCAGUACAAUUUGUGGCAUCUGUCUGAGCCCUCCUUGCCACAGGGGAUCGGGCUUCAACCUUCUGAGUGGCGGGUUGAAUAAAAGGGGGACACUAAAAGGGAAGCAUGUCUUACACAUGUGUUUGCAUCUGCAUCAGCCUCUGGGAUAGUACUGGUAAGGUAGCUCUCAGGGAUGUUCAACUUGUGGAGAACCCCAGCAGAAAGACUAGUUGGGCAAAAAUGCCAGUAUGCUGGAAUAUUGGGAGUUCAGGUCCUUCUCCUGAUCAAGCGUGUAUACAGAGGUGGUAGAAGCAACCACAUUGCAGGAAAUAAUGGGAGAAAAGAAUUAUACUGUUUUAAAGAAUAGUAGGUUAAUUCCUCUGCAGCAAUUCCUAAAUGGUGGGUGUGCAUUGUGUGCCUUCAUAUGAUUCCUAAGAACAUCAGCAGAGCCCUGCAGGAUCAGACCAAG